AUGGCCCUAUACAACACCUCGGACGCCCUCAUGUGUAGGGUAUUCCACACCACACUUCGAGACCCAGCUCGGAUGUGGUACAGUCGACUUAGACCGACCUCCAUUGCCUCCUUCAACCAGUUGGCCAAGGAGUUUGUGCUCAACUUUUUAGCCAGCGUGCGACCGAAGCCAUCUGCGGCCCUGCUCCUCAAUCCCAGCCAGAAGGAUGACGAACCACUUUCUCAUUUCUUGACUCAUUUUGCUACUAAAGUCUGGGGGCUACCUGACGCUCACCCCUUUUUGAUAAUGCAAGCAUUCUUAAUGGGACUUCAGCCUUCCAUAUUCUUCUGGUCGCUGGUCGAGCGGUCAUCGAUGGCUAUCCCUGAGAUGCUUCAACGUGUGAACCAGUAUGUAGCGACCGAGGCACUAAUGAUCAAGAAGAAGGGACUCUUGAAGGCACCUAACCCAAUGAAGGCCCCACAUGAGCUCAGAGAUCACUCCAAGUACUAUCGAUUUCAUUGCGACUACGGGCAUGACACUGAGGAGUGUCACGACUUGAAGAACCAGAUCAAGGAGCUCAUCAAUCGGGGACACCUGGGUCACUAUAUUAGAAGACCACGAGAAUUAUCACCAUGCCCCUCGGGUCCGAUUGAGAAGCAGAUUGAUGUGAUUAGUGGCGGCUUAGCAUCGGGUGGGGAUAGCAUGGUGGGACGAAAGGCUUACGCCCGAGCAGUAGUGGAAAAGCGUCCGAGGCAACCGCAAGCACCAGAAAUCACAUUCUCGACAAGGGAAACCAAGUACCCUGAACAUGAUGAUGCAUUGGUAAUCUCGACUAGUAUUGCCAAUGCUCAGGUUAAAAGGAUCAUGGUGGACACCGGGAGUUUCAUCGACAUCCUAUACUUCGCCGCCUUUCGGAAGCUUAGCCUGACCAAGGAAGACCUUACGCCAAUGUUGUCGGCGCUUACCAGAUUUACAAGUGAUUCCAUUUCACCUCUCGACACUACCAUCCUACCAGUCACCCUAGCGGAAGAGUCGAAGUCCAAGACGAUCAUGGUGACCUUCAUGGUGGUGGAGCUCCUUAACAAGUUCAAAGCUAUCAUCUCCAUGUACCACCGGGCAAUAAAAUUCCCGACCCAAGCUAAGAUCGGGGAAGCAAGGAGUGACCCUCGGGAAUCCCGACAAUGUUACAUGGCAGCCAUUGCGUUGCCCAAGAUGCUAAAGCACAAACAAUCUAUCGUCGACCCUCGAGACGUCACCAAGCCGUUGCUGUGCCCUGAGCCAACCGAGCACACUCAAGAGGUCCCGCUACACAGCAACCGACUAGACAUGGUCGUCAAGGUCGAGUCGGAGCUCCCAGAGGAGCGAGAGAAGCUUAUCAACCUACUAAUUGAAAAUGCCAAUGUCUUCGCUUGGUCGCUAGUGGAAAUGCCCAUGAUUGACCGGGGGGUUGCACAACACCACUUGAAUGUCGGAUACAACCAAAUCAAGAUGACACUAGAGGAUCAGGAACAUACUACUUUCAUCACAAAUCGAGGUGUCUACUUCUACAAGGUUAUGCCAUUCGGGCUGAAAAAUAUCAAGACAGCCUACCAAAGAAUGAUGAACAAGAUGUUCGCCCACCAGAUCGGGAGGAACAUGGAGCUCGCGGACCUCGUCGAAAGAUUCAGGAUGUUACGAAAGUUUGGCAUGCGCCUCAACCCUACCAAGUGCACCUUCAGAGUCAACUCGGGGAAUUUCCUUGACUUUAUCAUCCAUAGGAGGGGAAUAGAUGCAAACCUGGAGAAAGUUCAAGCCAUCAUCAACAUGCAACCUCCCCGCUCGGUGAAGGAGAUGCAGUGCUUGACCGAGAGGCUCAUCGCCCUGGCUUAG